AUGGACACGCUCAAGGUCAAGAAGGCGUGGGAAGUGGCCCUCGCGCCUGUAAAGUCAUUGCCCAUGACCGCGAUUAUGAUGUACAUGUCCGGAAAUUCGCUACAAAUUUUCAGCAUCAUGAUGGUGUGGAUGGCCUUCAAGAACCCCAUCAUGGGACUCGUCUCGACGAACCAGGCCUUUGCACGCUUCGAAUCCGAAACCAACCGCUCCCAGAUAGUCCCCAUCAAACUGCGUCCAAGCUAUCGCACGCAGUUCUCGGGGGCAAUGGACUUGUCAGCAUCGUUUAAUGAGCUGUUGCAAGCCCACAAAGCUCCGCCCAUCCAGCGGAGGCCGGAGCUCGAUCACCUCGAGGAGUUCCUGAAAGAGGCCUACAGGAUAAACUCGCACAUCUCCAAUCUCCACAACGAACUUAAAGACGUCCGCCAAGCGUACCUAUCCACCGCUCAGCCCCGAAAGACACAUCUACGGAUGGGCCAGGCCCAAAGAUAUCUUACCGAUAGGGACCGAGAAGAAAUCGACGCCAAUGCCAAGCAAAUAAUACGCGAGCUCAAUGCGAGUAUACGCAUCUUAGACGACGCCGAGAGCAAACGACGGCAUGAUGAAGAAGCGGCGAUACGGAAAAAGUAUGGGAGCGCGCUGGGAGCUUUGGGUUCGUGGGCAGCGGGGGGGAAGAAGACGGACGAGCACGAGGCGGCAGAGUCGAGGGCACGGGACAUUGGAAUACACAGGGAUGGGAUUCUCUGGUUUUUAAGAAAGAGGUUGGAGUUGUGCUGUGCGACCCAACAGUCCAUGAUGGAGGCGAGGUUAACGAGGGAAAUGGAGAGGAACCGCAGCGUCUUAGCCAACGCCAGCAUCCCCCUACCAGGGUAUACCGCUCCCCAGGAGAAGGCUGCCGUCAAGGCAUCCAGUAGCUCCUCCGACUUUACGUCUCCACAAUACGAGUCCUUCGCGCCGGACUCGAGCCUGACAGAGGAGCAGGUGCAAAUGUUUGAGAAGGGCAACCAGGACAUGAUGACACACUACCAAAUGACGCUGGACAAAGUCAGAACUGCGGAACAAUCACUCGUAGAAAUCGCGGAGCUCCAGACCGUCCUGGUAAACAAUCUAGCCGUUCAAUCCGCCCAUAUCGAACAGCUCGUCGCCGACUCCGACAACAUGGUAGACAACGUAGGAGGAGGCAACAAAGAGCUCAAGAAAGCAACCCAACGUCCCAGCGCGGCCAGGUACACGUUUUUCGCGGCGAGCGGACUGUGCGGUCACCAUUGGGGAAUUGAGACCGAAGCGAGGUGGUUAUCAUGA